GAGGAGACUCCCGACAUCAUGCUCGCCAUGGAGGCUGGUGGUGCCGAUGUUAUCGAACUCGGCAUGCCUUUCACCGACCCCAUCGCCGACGGUCCUACCAUCCAAAAAGCAAACACUAUCGCCCUGAAGAACGGUGUCAACAUCAUCUCCACAAUCCAGAUGGUCCGCGACGCAAGGAAAAGAGGUCUGCGUGCUCCCGUCAUGCUCAUGGGCUACUACAACCCCGUACUCAGCUACGGCGAGGACAAGAUCCUGAAGGACUGCAAGGAGGCUGGCGUCAACGGCUUCAUCAUGGUCGACCUGCCCCCAGAGGAGGCUGUCCGUUUCCGCAACCACUGCACCAAGGCCGGUCUCUCAUACAUUCCCCUCAUCGCUCCUGCUACUUCAGAGAACCGCAUGAAGCUGCUGUGUAAGAUUGCCGACUCCUUCAUCUACGUUGUAUCAAGGAUGGGUGUUACUGGUGCCUCCGGUACUGUCAAUACUGCACUCCCAGAUCUGCUUGAUCGCGUGCACUCAUACUCCGGCGGUAUCCCCGCUGCUGUCGGUUUCGGUGUCAGCACAAGAGACCACUACCUGAGCAUUGGUAGCAUGGCCGAGGGUGUCGUUAUUGGCAGUCAGAUCAUUUCAACUCUAGCCGACGCUCCUGCUGGCCAGGGCGCAAAGGCUGUUGAGGACUACCUGGAUGGUAUCACCCAGCGCAGAGAGACUAUCAAGUCGCAGACACGCGAGGUCGGCAUGGUAGAGACCAUGAACGAGGCCAAGGAGCCCGAGAACGUCCAUGUUGAUGGCGUUGUCAAGGACAAGGACACCCCCGACGGCCCUGGUCUUGCUGACCAAAUCGAAGCCCUAAACACCGAUGGACCCAUGGACUCAAAUGCUAUCCCUGCAAGAUUUGGUGAAUUCGGCGGUCAAUACGUUCCUGAGUCGCUGAUGGACUGCUUGCGCGAGCUGGAGGACGGUUUCCAGUCUGCCAUCAACGAUGAGAAGUUCUGGGAGGAGUACCGCACACACUACGAGUGGAUGGGCCGUCCCGGUCACUUGCACAUGGCCGAGCGUCUUACCGAGCACGCCGGCGGUGCCAACAUCUGGUUGAAGCGCGAGGAUCUCAACCACACUGGUUCGCACAAGAUCAACAACGCCCUUGGACAGGUCCUUUUGGCCCGUCGCUUGGGCAAGACUGAGAUCAUCGCCGAGACUGGUGCUGGUCAGCACGGUGUCGCAACUGCCACUGUCUGUGCCAAGUUCGGCAUGAAGUGCACUGUCUACAUGGGAGCUGAGGAUGUCCGUCGCCAGGCCCUGAACGUCUUCCGUAUCAAGCUUCUCGGUGCUCAAGUCAUCGCCGUCGAGGCUGGUAGCCGUACCCUCCGUGACGCCGUCAACGAGGCCAUGCGCGCCUGGGUUGUCAAGCUCGACACUACUCACUACAUUAUUGGUUCAGCCAUUGGUCCCCACCCCUUCCCCACCAUCGUCCGCACUUUCCAGUCGGUCAUCGGCCAAGAGACAAAGGAGCAGAUGCAAGCCAUGAAGGGCAAGCUCCCCGACGCUGUCGUUGCCUGUGUGGGUGGUGGUUCUAACGCCGUUGGCAUGUUCUACCCCUUCUCCAAGGACCCCAGCGUUAAGCUUCUCGGUGUUGAGGCCGGUGGUGACGGUGUAGACACUGACCGCCACUCAGCCACCCUCUCCGGCGGCACUCACGGUGUCCUCCACGGUGUACGCACUUACAUUCUUCAAGACAAGCACGGCCAGAUCUCCGACACCCACUCAGUCUCCGCCGGUCUUGACUACCCUGGUGUCGGUCCCGAACUUGCAAACUGGAAAGACACCGACCGCGCCAAGUUCAUCGCAGCCACUGACGCUGAAGCCUUUAUCGGUUUCCGUCUGCUGUCCCAGCUUGAGGGUAUCAUUCCUGCGCUUGAGACUUCGCAUGCCAUCUUCGGUGCUGUCGAGUUGGCCAAGACAAUGAAGAAGGGUGAGGAUAUCGUCAUCUGUCUUUCUGGUCGUGGUGACAAGGAUGUGCAGAGUGUGGCCGAGGAGCUUCCCAAGCUUGGUCCUAAGAUUGGCUGGGACUUGAGAUUUUAAAUGUCCUCUGCAUUUCUGUCUGAAUGAAAAUGAUACAUGGAUGUUACAAAAAGAUGAAUGGCGUAGGUUUUGAAAGGAUUUAAAAUAGCGAAAUGAAUGAUCUUCAAACAUCAAAACACCCUACACACAAUCUCAAGAAAGUCUGCAACUCAUUACAUGUU